AUGACAAGCCACACAAUCUACUCCAAAAUCGAUGGGCGGGACACCAAGCCCAUCCCCGUUUCCGAGGUGCUCGCCGACUGGUUUGGUCAGUGGCUCAGCAAGAACGCACAAGCAGCCCAUCCUGCCACGCUGCGAGACCUCCUUACCAAGGUCUUGCCGCGCAAUACAUGGGUACCGUUUGCUCUUGGUGAUGGAAUGUAUCUACAAUUCUCCGAGGAAAACAAACACAUCCCCCGGGACCUACGAUUUGCCAUUGUCAGCACCCCCGAGAAUACCUCCGACCCACCGAACCCCGAUGCGCUGGUUGGGAAUGUGGAGAACGUCGUGCAACGGGCGUUUAACAGCCCGACAGUUUGCGUUGUUGCAAGCUCCGAGUUUGACAACCGAAACCGUUUCAUGCAGGUUGCAAGUUGGGAUGCAACCAAGCGCCGGCUGAACUUUUAUGAGCGUGUGAGGAACACCACUGGUUACAGCGCCAGCCAAACGGCGUCGAAUAAAUAUGCGGAGAAGGAGGACAACAGCCCAGCUGUAUGGCACUACCUCGGUUCGUCGUUUGAUGCGUUUUCUGCGGAUACGGAGGGGCGAGGUCCUUUCUGCGGCCAUGUCAACGGAGCACUGGUGAUGAAGGAGCUCGGUCUCCCGUGGAUGCACUGGCACAGCACCAGGCACCGGAUCAACUCGACGCUCUCACCGACCAAUCCCCUUCUCAGUGAUGAACUGCUUCAACCAGCUGGCAGUCGUGGGAAACUGUCAUACAUCGCCAACGGCGAUCGGUUCGAGCGAAUAGUGAGGAAUGCGGCCUUUCAAUGGUACAAUUCUCGUCUCGAUAAGGAUCUUGGACCGCGGAUAUCUCCCCAUCCAACUGCCAACAACGUGGUUUCGUGGAUGCGCCAUGUACUCACCACCACCACCGUGAACAUUGCAGGGUCGCCCGCCAACUCGGAUAUAAUCAUCACCGAACAGGGGAACACACGCAUCCCGCAUGGCUUCUUCUUCAACGAGAGCGUUAUUGAAGAUCUGUUACCGGAACACAUCGAGAUUCCAAGGACAGGUAACGUCAACUCGGUGUACUAUAAUGAGUCCAGGACCAAGCUUGGUUUGAAGACAAUCUAUCAAUGGGAUCCCAUGAGGGUAGCAUUUGACCAUGAGGGCCAGACACCGUGGUGCGUGAUAGUUCCGAGUCUGGAGGACCGGCAGGGAGUCAACAUGAUCAGGAUGAGAAAACUACUAAGUGUACAUGAGCUCUUGUCCUUGCUCAUGAUAGACUUCCCCAAUCCCGUCUACUCCCAUCGCCGCGCCAAGCUCCUCAAAUACGUCCCUGCCACCUCUACCGUUACCAGUGCCGGCGCCUAUACCCUUGGCGACUCCUUCCGCGCCUCCAUCGCCGCCAGCCCCGCCGCCGAAGACCCAUGCUCCUCCGAGUCCGAGUUCCUUCACAACCUCACCCUCUCCGACACUGAAUUUGCCUCGCGCAUCGUAGCUUACAUGGACAAGGUCGCCGAACGGCUCCGUACCCCCGCCGGUGUCGAGGACUACAUGCACCUGGCCGAAUCGCGCCGCCGCAUCUUUCGCCCCUAUCCAGGCAGCAAAAGCCCCACCGCCAGCCCCCUGUCAGAGUUUUUGAUGACUCUGCCCUAUGCCACGGCAAUUCCCCAGGAUUGGAAGCCUGUGGAGAUGACGGAGGACGGACAGGUGAGUGUCAUGGCGGAGGAGAGCCAGGAUUAUGUCAAACGGAAGAUUGCAGAAAGAUUCAGGCAGACACCGAAACAGUGCCAUACUGUUGUCGCGGGGAGCGGCGGUUGUCCUUACUAG